UCACUACUGACAAAUAAAAUUAAUGUGGGUAGAAAAACGUGAUUAGAUUUACUUCGAGUAGAUAGAGUAUAUACACUCUUUAGCACAACAUGAAUGUGCUCAACAUAGUAUUCUUAUUUCUUGUAACAGUUUUUUCUACUACUGAAGGGUUAGUAACAGACGAAGAUUAUGCUUCUCUACCAGACUUAUUUCAUCAAGAUAAUUUUGAUAGAUGCAUGCUUCUUGGCGAUAAAACACUGUAUUGCUAUUUUGAAUACGAAUUGGAACCAAUAAAUAAUGAGAAUCCCAUGUGGAUUACUAUGCAAGAAUUAUCAAAAGACAACCACAAUUACAGGCAUGAUAACUUGAGACGCUCUAUAUGCGUUCCUACUACAUGUCCCAAUGUUACAGCAAAGUUUGAAGACAACACCUUGCUGGCAAAACAAAUUAAUCACUGUUACGAUAAAGAAAUGCUUAGGUAUGGAUUUAAAGGAACCGUCAAAAAUUUGACAUGUGACACAAACAGAUCUAAAUUUCCAGUCGACUGGAUAGAUAUACUAGUUACCUUCUUUUUCAUUGCCUACAUAAGUUUUGUACUUUUAUGUACAAGUAUAGGUAAUGUAAUAGAAAUCUGGUAUGAGAAAGACUACGAAAAAUUUUCUAAUACAAGCUAUGGAAGGAUAGUCACCUCGUUCUCUUUGUGUUCAAGCUGGAAUAAACUUAAAACUAUCAAAAGCACGCCCGAAGUCGACUAUUUUAGGCCAUUGCAAGGUCUUCGAUUUUACAAUAUAAUUAUGGUUAUUUUGGCGCACACGAGUCUGAUAAGUGUAAUCAGUUCAGUUUCCAAUACGAAGUUUGUAGAAACGAUGAGUGCAUCACUUGGUAACAUUUUUAUAUCAAGUGGAUCGUUAGCUGUUUCCACAAUGUUUUGUUUAUCUUCUACCCUCUUAUCAUAUAAAAUUUUUUCUCAUUUCGAAAAAAGGAAACUUACAUUAAAUGAUUUGGCAAUGAUCUUUGUUUAUCGAUAUUUAAGAUUGAUACCGCCAUUAGCAGUAGUCCUACUUUUUAAAAUAACUUGGUGGCGUCACAUUGGAAGCGGUCCAAACUGGAACAGGAUGGUUGGACAGGAAUAUUUAUAUUGUAGAAAAAAUAUGUGGACUGACUUGUUGUUUUUAAAUAACAUAAUAGAUCCUGAGAAUAUGUGUGAAGUUACAGCAUGGUAUAUAACACUCGAUACACAAUAUUAUAUUCUGAUUUUGCUACUUUUAUGGUAUAUAAAAAAACAUGAAAAAUAUAUGUUGCAUAUUAUCGGUGGUUUACUAUCUACAACUCUAUUAAUCACGUUCUACAUCAACUAUAUAAACAAGUUGGAAGCUUUUAAUAUACCAAGGGCAGAGACUGUGUAUAACAUGAAAAAUCUAAGGGGAAAUCCGCAUUUUCAUAAACAGCAUUGUUCACUCGUUGGAAACACAUGUGGUCCUCUUCUUGGUGUUAUCUUUGGUUAUAUCAUAUAUAAAACAAGAAAUGUCGAGAUGUUCAAACAAAAGAAAACAAUGUGGAAAAUACUAUUCUAUUUUUUCUUUUUGGUUCCGGGGCUAUCCAUUAUAAUAAUUCCAGGUUGGUAUAUAUUUGUACUCAAACCUGAAUAUGAUCCAUUUGUGGCUUCUUUCAUCACUGUGAUUGGCAGACCUAUAUUUAUUUUAUCAAUAGGAUUUGGAAUAUAUGGAUGCUUACACGGUAUUGGUGGAAUUAGCGAACAUGUAUUAAAAUGGCCCCCAGUGUAUAUUCUGGGCAGAUUGUCGUAUAGUGUUUAUUUGGUACAUUUUACAAUAAUUAUGUCCAGAGCAGCAAUGGCCAGAUCUCCUACAUAUAUUUCGGAAAUGCAGAUUGCUUAUCAUCUGUUGGGAGAUGUUGCAGCUUCGUUUCUGGUAGCUCUAUUAGUGACAUUAUUCUUCGAAAUGCCAAUCUCAGCUUUUAAGCAGUAUCUAUUGCCAGAACUUUCAAAAGAUACUGAAGAGAAGAAAGAACAAUAAUAGUAGUAAUGUGAUUAUUUUGUACUGUAAUAAAAACUAGAAAUUGUUACUUA